GCACGUGGAGCAGCCGGGCAGCCAGAGUGGCUGCUCCAGACCCGCGGAGCCCGGCGGCGACAUGGAAGAUAUACAAUCAAAUGUGGAACUGAAAAGCACUCAGGAGCAGCCUGUGCCCUCAGAAAGUCCAACAGUUUUGAGUGACUACAAUUUAACCAAACCUCAUGAAGUAGAAAAUGUGGACAGUGCAGAAGCCCCAACCAAUGAAGAUGAAGAUACAGGAGAUGAUUCGAUGAAAGAGAAAGAUGAAUACAGUGAAAGAGAUGAGAAUGUUUUAAAGCCAGAGCCCUUGGGAAAUGCAGAAGAGCCUGAAAUUCCUUACAGCUAUGCAAGAGAAUAUAAUGAGUAUGAAAAUAUUAAGCUGGAGAGACAUGUUGUCUCAUAUGAUAGUGGCAGGCCAACCAGUGGAAAGAUGAACUGCGAUGUGUGUGGAUUAUCCUGCAUUAGCUUCAAUGUCUUAAUGGUUCAUAAGAGGAGCCAUACUGGUGAACGCCCGUUCCAGUGUAAUCAGUGUGGGGCAUCUUUUACUCAGAAAGGUAACCUCCUCCGCCACAUUAAACUGCACACGGGGGAAAAACCUUUUAAGUGUCACCUCUGCAACUACGCAUGCCAAAGAAGAGAUGCGCUCACGGGGCAUCUUAGGACCCAUUCUGUGGAGAAACCCUACAAAUGUGAGUUUUGCGGUAGGAGUUACAAGCAGAGAAGUUCCCUUGAGGAGCACAAGGAGCGCUGCCGUACAUUUCUUCAGAGCUCUGACCUGGGCGACACUGCAAGUGCGGAGGCAAGACACAUCAAAGCAGAGAUGGGAAGUGAAAGAGCUCUCGUUCUGGACAGAUUAGCAAGCAAUGUGGCAAAACGAAAAAGCUCAAUGCCUCAGAAAUUCAUUGGUGAGAAGCGCCACUGUUUUGAUGUCAAUUAUAAUUCCAGCUACAUGUAUGAGAAGGAGAAUGAGAUGAUACAGACCCGGAUGAUGGACCAAGCCAUCAACAAUGCUAUCAGCUAUCUUGGGGCUGAAGCCCUGCGCCCCUUAGUCCAGACACCACCUGCCCCCACCUCUGAGAUGGUUCCAGUUAUCAGCAGCAUGUACCCCAUAGCCCUCACCCGGGCUGAGAUGCCUAAUGGUGCCCCCCAAGAGUUGGAUAAGAAGAACAUCCACCUGCCAGAGAAGAAUCUGCCUUCUGAAAGAGGCCUCUCCCCCAACAAUAGUGGCCAUGACUCUACGGACACUGACAGCAACCACGAAGAACGCCAGAAUCACAUCUAUCAACAAAAUCACAUGGUCCUUCCCCGGGCCCGCAGUGGGAUGCCACUGCUGAAGGAGGUCCCCCGCUCUUAUGAACUCCUCAAGCCCCCUCCCAUCUGCCCAAGAGACUCCAUCAAAGUGAUCAACAAAGAAGGGGAGGUGAUGGAUGUGUUUCGGUGUGACCAUUGCCGCGUCCUCUUCCUGGAUUAUGUGAUGUUCACCAUUCACAUGGGUUGCCAUGGCUUCCGUGACCCUUUUGAGUGUAACAUGUGUGGAUAUCGAAGCCAUGAUCGAUAUGAGUUCUCGUCUCAUAUAGCGAGAGGAGAACACAGAGCCAUGUUGAAAUGAACAUCAGUACAGAGAUUGCGCUAAGGAUUCAAUCUCAUUUUUAAAAACUGAUAACCCUACUCUAACAGGUUGUUCUCAGAUCCACACUCCUUUCCACACCAUUUUUAGUAGGGUCAAGUUUCACAUGGAUAGUCAGAGAAACCCUGUCUUCAUUCAGACAUUGUCUGCAAAUCUUCUUUUUACUUUUGUGAAACCUUUGUUUUACCAUCAGUUGAAUUUUAAGGAAUUUAAAAGCCAAAGAAGUAUUUUGUCAUCAUAUUUUGCAGCAAUAGAACAGGCCAUCCGUUGAAGUCUGUUUCCCGGUCAGAACAGUCCCUCAGUUGUGCUGCAAUAGAUUUUUUCUGAGAUAUAUCAGUCACAUAUUGAAAAGCCUUUUAAUCCUUUGCCCAACUCCAUGAAGAGGAAGAACUGACCAGCUGGCCUUGCCCUUCUGCUCUUAACACAAGACUAAAGGGUUAGGAUAUAAUCUCCCCAUCUCAAGUUAUAGUCCAAGAGUAAGGAAAAGAACUGUUACCAGUAACUAAAGGCCCUGAUCUCAGAGCAUCAGACGCAUCUCCUAUCACAUAAGCAAAUGGUCAUUUGUUGACACUUUUGCUUCUUCCCUUUCUCCUUUCGUCACCAGUGAAAAGCUGAGCCACUUUAGGAUAAUCCAGUUGUCUACAGGAGAAAUUCUGUACCAAAAGAACUGAUGGUUUUAAAUAUAAACAUCAUUUAAACUCCAGAAAGUUGUCCACUGAGGAUGAUGGCAUCCAUUUCCAUUGAUCAAGAUUGGCGCGGCAGGGUCUGAAGUGAAAUGGUUUAGCGCACCAACAGGGAAAAGAACCCAGCAGCUACCUAAAAGUUCAUUUCCCUUCAUGGAGCAUUAGAGGACAGACCCAAAGCAAACUUGAAAAUGAUUUUUUUUUCCACACACACACAAAAACAAGGUUCGAAAACAUAAGGCUUAGCCUCCUCCUCUCCUCAGGAGGGGAGUCAGUGAUGGACGCCAUAUUGGUUAUUUAGUUCAGAGCUGAACUUGGAGAUGGGGUGAGCCAGGGCACCUCUACUGACAGGUUCUCCUUGAUCAGGCAGGUGUAGACUCUCUUUUCCCCCAUUUUAAAUGGAGCCACUGGUAUUCCAUGAAAAUCUCUGAAAGUCUAAUACAGCUUCUCCAGAUUUAUCAGUCAUCUUUGUUGUGAUUACUGGUCAUCCAGCUAUCGAAGAGAAGUGCUAUGAUAAUUUGUACAGCAGUGGACUAGGGGUCACCAAACCUGUUUACUAACCCUGUAUUUGCCACUAAUUAGUUUGUGACUUUGAACAAAUCAUUUAACUCUUAAAACAAAGUUUCUUCAACCAUAAAAUAAGUUGGAUUUAGACUUUCUCAAUGGUUCCUUCUAGCUUAAUUUAUAUGUUAUAAUGCAGUAACCACAAAUUAUUCUUUAAACUUCUUAAUAUAUGAGUAUUAAGUAGAAGAGUCUGUAUAUGAAAAUGUGUUUCAGAUUUCUUGGGUGUGAAAAUGUUAGUGCAUUAACUUUUUUCUUAAACCACCCCAGUUGUGAAUGUGAAAAAGAUGGUGAGGAGAAACAAAAAA